AUGAGGAUCUCGGGGGUUGACUCUCACUAUACUUCAGGGGUCCUGGGGAACAGUUGUCUAAUUCCUAUUCCAGUUGCCACGGAGCACUGGCUCUACGGGGAUGACACCACUGGUAAGCAAGAAGAUGGACCAAUUUCUGGACAUGCAGAAUCUUCUCAUCCUUUGCAAGAUGCUCCUCAGGAGAACCGGCCUGUCAGCAAUGAAGACCGAGAGAUGUCACAACACGCCCUUCCAAGUGGUGAAGAUGAUGAAGAUGACAGUGAUAGCGACAGUGAUGACGAUGAUGUGAAAGUUACUAUUGGCAACAUUAAAACAGGAGCACCAUCAUACAUGGGAACUCCUAUGAAUCUAAACUUAAAAACGGGUAGAGGCUAUGGAGCAUCUGCUUCAGCCAAGCUGCAGCCCAAAGGUAUUGACUUAGAUGCUGCAGGGAAUAUAAAUGGAUUGCCUGUUAUUGAAGUGGAUUUAGAUUCAUUUGAAGAUAAGCCGUGGAGGAAACCAGGUGCUGAUCUUUCUGAUUACUUUAAUUAUGGAUUCAAUGAAGAAACAUGGAAAGCUUAUUGUGAAAAGCAGCGACGGCUUCAGCUUGGGCUGGAUCCUGCUCCUCCCAUCAGCACUGAAAAUAAGAUCACGGUUCAGCAAGGAAGAACAGGAAAUGCUGAAAAAGAAGUGGAAAACAACAUAAUCAAAACAGAAUUCAAAACAGACUUCUUGGCUCUGGUGGGAGGACGCAUGAAGGCUGGGCCACCUCCUAAUAGGAAGCUGGGUGGGACAAUUGAUGUGAUUGGUGGCCAGGCAGGCACAAUUCGGAGAGUAGAAGGAAGACGACGUGAUAAGCAUGCCUCCGAGGAAAACCCAAUCCAGGUCCUUGGAGACCAUGGAAGUAAGCCACAACCCCCACAGCAGCCCCAGCAGCCAUCACAGCCCCAACAGCCACCUCAGCAACAGCCGUUUGCACCACCAGCAGGCCCACCGCCUCCCCCGCUCGCUGGGCCACCUCCACCACACUUCCUCCACCCUCCUCCACCCGUUACUUCUGUUCCACCUCCCCUGCAUCCUCCAGGUCUACCGCCACCCGGUCCUAUUCCAGGGUUGUUCCCGCCUCCUCUGGCACCACCACCAGCGCUCCUCAUUCCAACCUUGGAUGGCCAACCAGCCAGCUACAAUAACAGGCAGCCUCCUCCAUUUGGUUACAACUCUGCAGAUUCAGGUUUCAUCAGCUACCCACCCAUCUCCACAUCCCACACACCCUGGGUGACGACAGUGGACAAAGGCACAAGCAGUUCCAGCAGCAGCCAUUGGGAAUACUCCGGCUCGAGACGUGAGAGGGAGCGUGAGCGGGAACGGGAGAGGGAGAGGGAGAGGGACAGAGACCGCACUCCUACCACUAGCGAAUACAACAAUGAUGAUGAACGAUACCGCUACUACAGCCGAGAGCGCAGCUAUGACUUUGAGCGUGACUACCGCCGGAGUCGAGAUCGCAGCAGGGAGCGAGAAGAUCGUCACCGAGAGCGCAGGCACAGAGACAAAGAGGAGAGCAGCAAGCAUAAGUCUUCAAGACGCAAGCAACAUGAGAGUGAGGAAGGGGAGAGUCAUCGGCGUCACAAGCACAAAAAGAACAAGCGUAGCAAAGAGGAGAAGGAGGCCAGUGAAGAUGGCGCCCAGGAGGGAGAGGAGCAGGAUGCCAAGGAGUGACUCAGGCCCACUGUCAGCUCUCAGGAGGAACUUGCUCCUUUUGAACCAGCGUGGCAUUGGUGAUGUUUUGGUUUGGGGGGUUGAUUUUUUUUUUAAUUUUUUUUUUUUCCUCCCCCCCAAGAGAAGAGAGGCUGACUCUGGGUGAGCAGUGAAGCAUGUUGCAGUGGUUUGAGAGCUGAGGCUGCACAUGCGUUUUUUUUUUUUUUUUUUUUUGAUACAAGACAAAAUACAGCAGUACUAGUAUACAAAGCACUGAGCUACUCUACUCAUAAACAUCCCUAGGGAGAACUUUGUUGUAUCAGAUCCUAUGGUUUCUGAUGGAAGAUGGCUUCAGCUAAAACUAACGCAUUUAGGUAAUAGUUUUUGUUUAUUUUUUGUCAUCAUCAUUCCUUUUUGAAAACUAGGACAGUAAGUGCAACUUGAAAUUUAUUGUCCAAAGAAAAGUGUGAUUUAGACCCUGAGAGCCAGCUUAGAGUCUGGCUUCUAGUAGUGAAAAGUCUCAUCCCCGAAUAAAUUUCUUUAUAGCUACGAAAAUAUCUGCUGAUUUCUCUGUGGCCAGCCGGGCAGCAUGUGAGGAAGAACUGCUUUUACUGGUGGGUCACAAGAUCCUGCUUUGGUCUGACAGCUUUGAGAAGUGUUGUGUGUGUGUACACAGGGUGUGCAAAGACUUUAAACCUAGCUUUUUUUUUUUUCCUCCAUUGCAAAAAUAGUUCUGUCAUGUAUUACACCUCUAAGUGGGAAAUUGACGGAAGACUCAUAGCAAGAGCAUGAAUGUCUCUUUAGUUUUGACUAACUCUUUUUUUUUUUUUUUUU